AUGCUGAUCCAAGCCGCAGCUCCUCACCUCGGGCACAUGUACUCGAUGAUUCUGGCCGAUACCUUCAAGCGAUGGCAGACAUUGCGUGGGCGACAAGCCUUCCUAUGUACGGGAACUGAUGAGCACGGAAUGAAGGUGCAACAGGCUGCUUCUCAGAACGACAUGGAACCUAAGGACUUCUGUGACGAGACUGCCGAGAAGUUCAAGGAGCUGGCCAACCUGACGAAUAUCAGCUACGAUCGUUUUAUCCGCACUACAGAUCCGGAUCACAUCCAGGCGGUCGAGCACUUUUGGUUGCUACUCCGUCAAAAGGGCUAUAUCUACGAGACAAAGCACGAGGGAUGGUAUAGCGUUAGUGACGAGUGCUUCUACCCCGAGUCUGAAGUCAUCAAGUACCAGGAGCCCUUUACUGGUGCCGUAUACAUGGCUGCUGCUGAGAGCAAGACCAAGGUCGAAUGGAUAGAAGAAAAGAAUUACUGCUUCCGGAUGACUGAGCUUAAAGACCGGCUUCUCGAAUUUUAUUCCAAAAACCCGGACUGGAUCGAGCCUGCCUAUCGCAUGAACGAGGUUAUCGACUGGGUUAAGAACCAUCUGGAGGACCUGUCCAUCUCCCGGCCUGUUCAACGGCUUAGCUGGGGUAUUCCGGUGCCCGAUGACCCGUCGCAGACCAUCUAUGUUUGGGUGGACGCCUUGAUUAACUACCUGACAGCAUCCGGCUUCCCAGCUUGGCCACCUGGUGAGUCGCACAAGGGCGGCUGGCCGGCUGAUGUUCAUGUGCUCGGCAAGGAUAUCCUUCGCUUCCAUUGCAUUUACUGGCCCGCUCUACUGAUGGCUCUGGAUCUUCCUCUUCCCAAGAAGAUGCUGAUCCAUUCACACUGGACUCUGAACAAGAGGAAGAUGUCUAAGAGCCUGGGCAACGUCGUCAACCCCCUGUAUGCCAUCAACCGGUGGGGUGUUGACACGAUGCGCUUCUAUCUGCUGUUCGAGGGCGGCAUUACCGACGAUGCUGACUACAACAACAACACUCUUGUUGUGAAGUACAAGAAGUACUUGCAGGGCGGUCUCGGCAACCUCACAAACCGCCUUACCAAGACGCCUGCCUGGGACCUGAGGAACAUCAUUGAAGCCUCGAGCAAAUGGGAUGAAUCUUCAACUCAACCUUCUCAGGCCAUUCAGGAGUUCGUUGGCCAUUAUGAGGCUCGCUUCAAGGAACUAGCACCUGUGGUGGCUCGCUACAUGGAUGAUUACAACCCUGUUGCUGCCAUCCGCCACAUUAUUGAUACGGCCGGUCAGGUCAAUGAGCUUCUCUCCCAAACCCAGCCCUGGUCCCUGAUUAAAACCGAGGACCCCGUCCAGAAAGCCAACGCCUGCAAGGUUCUAUUCACCGCGGCCGAAGGUCUGCGCAUCUCGGGCAUUCUGCUCCAGGCCUUCCUGCCCGGAAAGGCCCCGGAGCUACUCGACAGACUAGGCGUUGCCCCGGACAAGCGGACGUUCGAGCAUGCGGUGUUCGGCUGCGACUACACGUACGGUCUGCGCUUCCUGAAGGAGGGCAGCCCGCGUAACACAGGGCUGUUCCCGCCACUGGUGGAGGACAAGAAUGUACAGUUCCAGGGUGGGAAAAAGGUCGCCAAGGGAGGUGGUCAUAACGAAAUCCUCGUUACGGAGGAUUAA